AAAUCGGGAUCAAUCACCAUCGAGCGCGCGCACACUGCAAUCGCUCGUCAAAUUUGCGCGAAUUCAGAAUUAUUGCUGCGAAUCACAUCCUUCGUUCUUCAUAUAUUUGAACUAGGUUUAACCGAAGAAGGAAUAUUUUGGCAUUUGAUUACGAGUGGUUCCGUCGAUGUGAGGAUUUUGCUACCACUUAAUAAGACUACAUCAACAGGUUGCGAGAAUGAGGACGGUGGGGAGCAAAUCCGCCAUACCCGGAUUAUGCCUGAUGGUUUGGCUGCUGAUGGCAAGAGUAGGGGACGCAACAUCACAGGAGCAAGAUCUUUUCUUCCCGUACGGCCCUGACGAGGGAGACGUCGAGCUACCAAUCGAAGACGACACAGGCAUAGAAUUACAAAUCUCAAUAAGUUACUUUCCUUUCUUCGAUCAGAAUCACAGAUCGCUAUACGUAAACACAAAUGGCGUCGUUUCGUUCCUCGAAAAUGUUGUGCAAUACACGCCGGACAGUUUCCCCCUGGGCAACAACCGGCGAAUUAUCGCCCCGUACUGGGCCGACGUAGACGUAACGAACGGGGGCCACGUCUGGUACCGCCAGACCGAGGAUCCGACUCUCCUGAGGCGGGCUACGGACGAAGUGGCCCGCGUCUUCGCCGUGGAUUUCAGGUUCAAUCCGUUCAAGGCCGAGUGGCUGCUGAUCGUCACUUGGGACAGGGUGGCCUUCUAUAAUUCCCGUGCAGGCAUUCACGGAAAUAGAGAGAACACCUUUCAGGCCAUCUUGAUCACAGACAGCGUGUACUCCUUUACCAUCUUCAAUUAUGGGGAGCUGCAGUGGACCACAGGCUCAGCAAGUUUCGGGGACAAGCAGACGGGGCUGGCAGGUGACAACGAGCGGGCCGUCCCAGCUCAGGUUGGUUUCAAUGCGGGCGAUGGCCUGAAUUUCUACUCAGUCCCCAACUCGCAGACGGACGAGAUCCUCAAAAUCAACACCACCACCAACAUCCGGAAGCCGGGCAGGUGGAUGUUCAGAAUUGACGGCAAGGAGAUCGAAGCUGCGGGCUGUGAAAACGACCUGGACGGUAACUUGCGAAUAUCACCGGCCCAGGUCAUCAUGCUUGGGGGUGACGUCCUAUCCAUAUCUGGGCCCUGCUUCGAUGUGAGCAACGACGUCUUCUGCCGAAUCCAAGGCUAUGAGAUCCAAGCCAGCUACGACUUCACCAAGGACCCGUUCACUGUCAGGUGUGCCACCCCCUUGUUCAUGGCUCUUGGAGAGUCACCCGUGUAUUUGUCAAAGGACGGGGGCCAGACUUACAACUACACUGGAUACAUUACUGUCGUUGGGAUGGACAGAAUACCCCCACGUGUUGUUCCAACCCAAGACAACGAUGUGCUCCGAGUCAACUGGGAAACAGACGGCUACCCUUUCACCAACUCUUUGAAUGAGGACGACGUGCGCGUCGACGUGUUUCUCUACUCCUACACGGAGGAUCCCACGACCAGUGAGGUCCGGCUAAAACCGGUUCUGAAAAUCGCCGACAACCGCAAACUGUCCAACGGGUUCGAUUCACUAAUCAAACCGCAGCUGGGGGAGCCGGUUGAUGUGGGGAUUUACCGAGUGGUCGAGCACGGCGCAGUCGACAUCUCCCAGCCAGGAAUCAGUGUGGUCAUGGGCCUUCCCAGCAAAGAUCCAUCCCAGGCCCCGAUUCCGUCCAUGUGGAGCAUGCCUUUCAAUGCCAAUCCAGAGAACCAGGCCGACUCGGACAGUUGGUGCCGCGCCUGGGCCGGCACGGAGACACCGCUCGACCUCACAGGGGACAACCUGCCGCCUUGUCCCUGUACUCUCCGGCAGGCCAGGGCCGACGUGGGCACCUUCGAGCCAUACCCAUGGUGCAAUCAGGGCGGUACUGGAAAUGAUAAUUGUCCGUAUAGGACUACCGUGGUUCACUGCGUCCGGGCGAGAAGGGGCAGCGCUCUAGGAAGAGGGCAGCUCUGUUGCUAUGACGACACGGACAACAUCGUCUUACUGGAGGACAAUUACGAAGGAGGUUCCUCCCAGAGCCACUUCAACGGAGGGCACACUCCCAUCGGCUAUCCGGGCAAUAUCCCCUAUCUGUCUAAUUUCCUCGGAGACAGAGUGCCAUGGGAGCAGUGCUGUCCGCGUACCGGCUACAACCCAUCACUGUGUAAUAUAUACACCAGUAGGAGGCCCUCUGACGACUGCAAAAACUACUUGCCUCCAAAACCUGCUGCGGUAUUUGGCGAGCCACAUUUCAUCACGUUCGACGGUUCAAGUUACAUCUUCAACGGUUAUGGCGAAUUCACGUUAGUCUCCGCUCCAGAAGUCUCUCUUACCAUGCAAGGACGUAUGGCAAAGAUUUUGGAUACCGUUCAAGCAACUGGCCUGACCGUAGUCGCUAUGAAAGUGGGUGAUUCGGAUACUAUCCAGGUUGAGAUAAACGACAGGCGGAAGUUGGACGUAUGGGUUCGUCGGGAGGCACGGGCAGCGUGGCAACGGCUUGGGUUCGAGCAGAGCAGCUGGUGGACCGCAAAACCUAGAGGUGCAACCGUUGAGCUGAUCGGUGCCGAGGAGAGCCAGGACGUGCGGGUGAUCUUCGACCAAGGCACAGCCUUCGAAGCCAAGGCACCCGCCGGAGCCUCCGCCAUGGCUAUCAAAAUCCUCGCGGCACCUUCGCUGAAAGACGGCACGACGGGCCUCUUGGGCAAGUGGAACGAUGACCCUAGCGAUGACCUGAAAGCGCCAAAUGGGGCCAUAUUCUCUGCAGAUUCACUGACGAAUCUUCAUGAAUUCUUUGGCGUAAAAUGGUUCAUAUCCCAGAACGACAGUCUGUUCCGCUACGACAUCAGUGUCAACGUCAGCAACAUCAACCAACCCGACUUCCAGGCCGUGUACACCCUUGACUCAACCCUCACAGAAGAACAGCUGAACACCGUGUGCAGAGACAGCGAAGUGUGUCGCUAUGACUACCAGAAGACAUCAUCCUCUGAGAUGGGGACGGGAGCCAAAGAUGCCGAGGAGGGAUACGAGGGGACGAGAGGUGACACUACACCGGUGGUCAGCUGCGGUUUCCUGGAAGCACCGCAGGGCGGCAGAAAAAGCGGUACAGUGUACCUAGAAGGCUUCACCGUGAAAUUCAGCUGCAUCGAGGGCUAUGAAAUGAUGGGGUCGGCCUCAAGGCAGUGUGUCCAGGGGGUGUGGCAGGGAAAUGUCACUGUCUGUACUCCUCCUGCAGCGUCCAUGCGGGAUCUCAUAAUCAUCAUCAUCGUCGCGGCUGUGCUGGGAGGAAUACUCCUCCUUGCGAUCUGCUUCCUUUGUAUCAUCUGCUGCUUCAGAAGGAAGAGAAAGAUGGCCAGGAAAGAGGACCAUGAACUUGGAACAAUAUCGACCGUUGAAGGUUUCCAAAACGGUGCCCUAGUGACCACGCCCUUGGCUGAUGACCGCACCCCUUCAUCUAACUCCUCCAUCAUCGAAGAUCCCAAUUAUGAACAUUCCCUCCCAAGACGCAACCAUCAUGACACAGCUUUCCCGUUCCCCGACGUGAAUCCCGGCUACAUGGACAUGGCUCCAAGCCGGCCUCCCCGCGACCGGCAGAUGGCCACGCCUGUGGACGGUCCUGGCUAUCGCGGCUCGACUAUCGCAAGCGGAGGUCCUGGGUACAGGUCGGCAGAGGAGGCUGUCGCCGGGCCUAGUCACGCCGGGAGUUCCCAGGCAUCAGCAAGGCACAUUCCUGGCGGCCCAUCCCUUUCGAAAAAGCCCAAAACCAGGGCACAGGAGAAUCCUUACGAAGAUCCUCUCCAAGCGAGAGGGAAAAAGGGAAAAGCUAAGGACAUGAACGGGUCAAUCAUCAAAGAUCCAAACACUCUGCAGUACAAUUCUGAUGAAAGCGAAGACGACAUAGCGAUAAUCAAAAGACGAAUACGUGAGGAGGUGGAGCAGGAGGAACAGGAAGAUGGAUAUUAGUAGACAAAAAUUCCGAUGUAUCAUGUGACAUACUUGGCUUUCAUUGGAUUUUGGGAGACAAGAGAACCAGGUUCCUAUACCCUUCCUUUCUGAGGCCUAGGUACUCGUCAACAAGUGGGCCUAUCCCUAACCAGUAGAUGGGAGGAGUGCGCCAAAACACGACCUCGUUCCCAUGGGUAUGAUCUUACUGCGCGGGUGAGUGACGGAACGCACACGCAACCCGUGGGAACGAUGCCUAAAGGUUUUGGGCCGGGCACGGGAUCUAGCCCUAGCCAAAUGGAGAUCAAUGAUUCGAGCCUUGGCCUACUCCGCACCAUACGCGUACAAACAAGUGACCACACAGGCUGUUCCUGCAUCGUGGGACGUCGUAGCAAUGAAACUAUACAGCGCCAUCUCUCAUUCAUGGAUAGAGCUUUCAAGGAAGGAUAGAUUCAUCUGCCUUUUUGUACUCGUGCGCCGAAUACCCGUGUGCUAGUUCAGUUCUUUAAAAUGGAAAUGGCACGACAUAAACCAAAUAGCACAAUUACACAGUUCACCAGUUUGUGUGCUGCAAAAUUGAAUGUUAUCAACACUAAUAUAUAUAUAUAUAUAUAUAUAUACUAAUCAGACUUUUUUCUCUUACCUUUAUUGGCUCUUGGUGCCGGGCUGACUUGUCCGGGGGUAUCCUGUUUUCUCUAAUCCUCAAUUUAUUACGGAGGUGUAGACUCAGAUUUAGACGGCCAAUAAAACUUCAUACACUAGCUUCCCAGUCUGAAAUUGAAAAUAGAGGGAAUUUCGCUUUGUCAACUAAAAAGAGCCGGGAAGGACACAAUAUAUUUUUAUAUGUAUAAGUUAAUUGAAUGGUUUUUUGUGACUUAUAGAAAACCUAAGAACAGUCUUUGAUACUUGAGAUAUUAGCCGUUUUACAUUGGUAGAUCUCCAAGUACUUAAUUGUUACACGACCAGCCUAUUGCUUAAGAUAUACAUGUACAUGUAGUAUGAAAAGACAAACAUCGCCUCAAUGGGAUCAUCUGUACGCCGUAACAAAGAGUACGGUGAAAGAUGGUUUUUCCGAACAAAAUUAUAAGAUGGGCCAGUCAAGCGUCGAACGAAGGUGGCUUAAAAAUGAGGCCGUUAUAAUUUGAUAGAGAAUAGUAAGACUAAGUUUACUUUCAAGGAGGGGACAACACUCGUUCCCCUUAACCCCUCCUGGCUUUUUCGCGAUAUGUGUUACGGGAUUUCUUUGAAGUAUAAUCUUGAUUUGAGGGGUUUGAGCUAUUUAUCUUUCUUGAAUUGUGUAGAUUAUCUGAACAUGUACUUAAUAACGCUUAAUUCAAUAAUAUUCUCUUUCCAAAAAUAUCUAUGCAAUUUUAUGCAAUGAGCACUAAUAUUUUUAACCCUAACAGUCCUCAGUCCUCCAACAGGUGAAGGAUUGAGGAAUGUUAGGGUUAAAUGAUGUGGUGGACAUACAUGUAUAUUUUAGACGUUGAAGGGUAGUGAGUCUGAAAAUUUGUAAAUCUUGCUCUGCACCUUUGCGCCCAGAAGUAAACCUAAUUACAUCUAGGGUUUUAUCUCCUAUAUUUAUUAACUAUUGUAAACUUGACGAUCGAAGAUUUAAGGGAUUUCUUUCACAUCAAUUAACUCUCAGAAUAAGUCGAAUCACUCCACGUAAGGUAAAAUUCAUUACAUGUAUUCCAAAAACAAUAGCAAAAGGUUUGUUUAUAGGCAAAUCAUCGCCAAUUCCUGCUGGUCCGGGAACGUGCAAACAGCAAACAGCUCAUUUUGGGAGGAAAAUCAUUCUGACAAAAAGAAUACAGUACUGAAUAUGACACUGCAACAAAGCAGUGUUAGUGUAUCUAGCUUAUAAGAAUGUAGAGGACAUAAUACAGUGGUCUGGAACUAAGUUAGACUAAGGAAAUACAGGGUCAUUUUCCACAUCUCGGCUUCUUUUCUGGGAUCUGUUUUAUGUUUCACGCUGGAAAUUAUUUUCAGAUUCUUUUACGGUUAGAGAGCAAAAUGCAAAAUAUUCUACAACAUACAGGUCCCAAGUGUACAGCAGAAAAUGAAGCUGGAAUGGACUGGAGCAGACGAUCUCAACCCCGAAUAUCAAACUGACAAAAGUCAAGCUCGAAAUUGAAUCCCCUAGCGAAUUCCUGGUUUUGAAAAGAUGGAUACGAUAGACGAGGUCAAAUAGACAGAAGGUAGAUAAAAUUUUUAAAAGCUUUUCGUAAAAUAAUCUUUAUUUUUUUUCCGGCUGGCCCAGAAACGGCAGUGCAGUUUUAUGGCUUCUCUGAGAAGGUACAGUUUUCCCUGUGAGUUGAGUAGGGUAUAUAUCAUAACAGAUGUAUGUACAUUUGAAGUACAUUAAUCGACAUAAAACGCAGAGAUAGUAAAAUAAAAAAUUCAAUGGACAGUAUA